AGACCAAACAAUUUGUGCACUCCCUCUCGCUCUCCCUCUCCUGAACAGACAGACAGUCCCUACCUGCAGUCCUGGGCACAGACAUGAGGCCUUCUCCCCAUGAGGGGACUUUAUCCGCUUGGCUUCUCCUCGCUUUCCUAUCCAGCACCACGCUGGCUGUGGAGAGGCACUACUACAUAGCCGCUGUCAACAUUGAUUGGGAUUACUCGCAACACAAGACCGAUCGUGUCUUCAAGAAAGCUGUAUACAGAGAGUAUGAGGAUGCCUCCUUCACAAAGCCCAAGCUCCAUCCCCCCUCCUUGGGCUUGCUCGGGCCAACAUUGCGUGGGGAGGAGGGUGACGUGAUCAUUGUGAAGUUCCGGAAUAUGGUCAAUCACCCUUGCAACAUCCAUACGCAUGGCGUGUCUUAUGGGAAACAGUCAGAGGGAGCGUUAUACUUUGACAACACCUCCCAAAAGGAGAAGGAGGAUGACGUCAUCAACCCGGAGGGCUCCCACGUAUACACCUGGGAGCUGACGUCCGGAGUGGCCCCCACCGCUGCCGAUCCCCCCUGUCUCACACACACCUACUUCUCCCACGUCGACAUGACCAGCGACUACAACUCCGGCUUGAUUGGUACCCUCUUGGUCUGCAAACCUGGCAGUCUGGAUGCCUCAGGGAAUCAGAAGCAUUUCGAUCAGGAGCAGGUCCUCCUCUUUGGCAUCUUCGACGAGAGCCUCAGCUGGUACAGCAAAGGAGCCCCACCCAGCCCUGAGCUGAUGAAAUACACCAUCAAUGGCUACACCCAUGGCUCCAUCCCAGGCCUCAAUGUAUGUGCCUACAGUAGCGUCACCUGGCAUUUUCUGGGCAUGAGCUCAAUGCCAGAGCUCUUCUCUGUGCAUUUCCACGGCCAGGUAUUCGCCCAGAACGGGCACCGGGUGUCGUCUCUGAGCCUGGUGAGUGGCACCACCACCAGUGGCGUCAUGACGUCUCUGCACGAGGGACGCUGGCUCAUCGCCUCUUACCUCAGCCAACACAUGGAGGCGGGUAUGCAUGGAUUUCUGACAGUGGAGACAUGCGAGGCCUUCAAGAAGCCUGUGCGCACUCUUAGCAAGAAAGAGAGGCUCAACAGUCGACUGUGGACCUAUUACAUCGCUGCAGAAGAGGUCAUCUGGGACUACACUCCAAACCUACCUGAUUAUGUUGACGUGGAUUUCAAAUCCAAAUACCUGAAGCAGGGCCCAGACCGCAUUGGCCACAGGUACAAGAAGGCCGUAUUCACCCUGUACACAGACGAGACCUUCACCAAGCGCAAUGAGCACGCCCAGAGGAAAAUGGAGCAGGGGAUCAUUGGACCCGUCAUUAGAGCACAGAUAAGAGAUCAAAUAAAGAUUGUGUUCAAGAACAAGGCCAGCAGGCCAUACAGCAUCUACCCCCACGGCCUCACCCUAGACAAGGCUGGAGAGGGGGCCAGCUACCCAGCGGGAGGCAACCAGAGCCACGGCGUGCAGCCGGGCCAGACGUACACGUACGAGUGGAAUGUAGUGGAGGAGGACGAACCACUAGCCGGCGACGCCCGCUGCCUGACCAGGAUGUACCACAGCGCCGUCGACACCCCCCGGGACAUCGCCUCCGGCCUUAUCGGGCCCCUGCUCAUCUGCAAGGGCCAGUCCCUCAACCAGAGGAACGUUCAGAUGAAAGCAGACAAGGAGCAGCAUGCAAUGUUUGCUAUUUUUGACGAGAACAAAAGUUGGUACCUGGAUGAGAACAUUCAGGAUCGCUGCACUGACCCAGCCAGAGUCAGGAAAGAUGCACCAGACUUUUACGCUUCAAAUAUUAUGCACACCAUCAACGGCUACAUGUUUGAAAGCGGCCAAGUUCUGGGCUUCUGCAAUGAUGAGAUUGCCACAUGGCACGUCUCCAGCAUCGGCGAGCAGAGCCGCAUCCAGACCGUGACUUUCUACGGCCACACGUUUGAAGUGAACAACAGAGAGGAGGACUUCCUGUCUCUCUUCCCCAUGACGGGAGAGACCGUCUCCAUGCACAUGGAUAAUAAAGGUGACUGGCUGUUAUCAACGCUAAACUCGCAUGACUCAACCAAAGGCAUGAGAGUGAAAUUUAAGGAUGUUGAGUGCUUCCGAGAUUAUGUGUAUGAAUAUGCUGAGAACGAGAACGAUAAUAUGUGGAACAUAUGGAAAGCACCGGAACACGUGCCCCCUCCUCCAGAGGAGGAGCCUGAGGUAGAAAAGCCAAUCGUUAUUGAUGCACUGGACGACUUCUAUGCAGAUAUCCUUAAUAUUAGAUCACACAAGAACACAGAGAACAAGACAACUAGUGACAUGGAGUUGCUAGACCUCAGAGCGUUUGAUUAUGACUUCGACUCGCCAGGUGAAGACCGAAUUGCACAGAACCCAGGAAAAUCAUCUGAGCCUCUCAACGCCUCUGAUUCAGAAAUGCUGGAGAUGUCAACAAUGGAGCCACUGCUAAAAUCCCCAGACUCUGAUGUCAAUAACACCAUGGGUAAUGGCAUAAACAGCACUCAAACGUCAGUGGUAAAUGGCACACUUGACAACAGGGAUUAUCACCAUGACAAUAUGUCCAACGAGAAGUCAGAUAACAAGUCAACAAACAACACAGAGUUGGUGGAUUAUGGCAAAAGCUUAACGGCUCAGGACCCUGAAAAAUCUGGGCAAGUGUUCAAUGUCUCACAUUCUGACGACAUGGAGUUGCUGGACAGAGAGUUUGGUUAUGCAGACAGCAUACCAGUUGGGAACCAAACUAUACAGAACCCUGGAAAAUCCUCUGAAGUUUUGAAUGUCUCUGACUCUGACGUCAAUAACACAGACUAUAGGACGAAUUAUAUUGACAUUAGAUCACACAAUAAGUGUUGUAAUAAGACCGGUAUAGACUUGGAGUUGCUGGACUCAGAGUUUGGUUAUGCAGACAGCAUACCAAUUGGAAACCAACCCACACAGAACCCUGGAAAAUCCUUGGAAGUUUUCAAUGUCUCUGACUCUGAUGUCAAUAACACCAUGAGUAGUGCCGUGCACAGCACUGCUACGUCCAUGUUAAAUGACACCGGUUUUACAGCCACAGUGCCUCCGCUGGUGACACCACCAAUAAAAGUUUCCAGCUCCAUCCGAGGUGAUCUAGCGACUUUACACAGACUGCUUCACAAAGGCCGACAUGAAGAGGAGCUGAAGGGAAAAGGAGAUGACAAACAAGGAUCUUCACCUCUCAACAUCACCGUGGAAUCACAAAACAAAAAUGGCACAAGGCUGGUUGAAAACACUACCAAUGAAACCUCAUCGGAAGUUGGAAACAGCACAACCCCUUCUCCUAGCGAUCAGGUCAUCACAAGCCUGCCAGUAAACGUGUCAUCUGCUGACACCGACCCACAGGUUAGCUUGAGUAACUCAUCCUCAUCAGAGAGCAGUGAAUUGGGCUCUUUCAACGCGUCCUCCGUGUCUUCGUCUGAAAGACGCAGCAACGAGUCCUCCCAGGAGAGCGGUGAGUGGAACAGCAGCGAGGAGGUGGUUAUCUACUUGACUCACAACAAGACCGAGGGCAUGAAGACCCAAACACUUGGGCACCCGAAGGAGCACUGGGGCUACGAGGUCCACCAUGACAACGUCGCCGUGAAGAUGCCUGAGGAUAUGCACAAGUACGUCCCCAAGGAGACCAAGCCAAAGAAGCCCAAGGUCAGGAGGGUGCGACCUUUCAAGGGACAUGCCAUGAAAACCAGAAAAAAGAAAGAGUACAAGCCACAGCCCAGGUCUGCUUUGAAUGCCCGCGGGUUUCAGCCCAGGGGAGCGAAGCCGGUGUCCAUGAACGAUGACGACCUUCUGAACAAUGAAAUCAUCAUUGGCGUGCCAACGUUCAAUGACUAUGACUUAUUUGCACAUGUAAAUGCCAUCGACGACAACCUGAGCCAGGAGGAGUACGAGUACAUAGAGUAUAAGGAUCCAUAUGCCCAGUCGAUACAUGAGCAGGGGAUGACACUGGAUGAAACGACUGAGUACAUGCUGAACAAUUUGCCAGCGGGUACCAACGUGAGAAAGUAUUACCUGAGCAUAGAGGAAGUCGACUGGGACUAUGGCGGAUAUGGACAAAAGCGGUCUGACAUGAGAUCUGAUGGACGUCCCACGGCAUUCAAAAAGGUGGUCUACAAGGGUUAUCUGGACCCCUUAUUCAGAGUGCCGGAUAUUCGAGGGGAGGUUGAUGAACAUUUGGGAAUACUUGGCCCGGUUAUAAGAGCCGAAGUUGGUGAUAAUAUCAUGGUCCUCGUCAGAAACCUUGCGAGCAGACCCUAUUCUCUUCAUGCCAAUGGUGUGUCCUACAGCAAAUACAUGGAGGGGCUGAACUAUGUGGAUGGCACACCAUACUGGUACCAGAAGGACAACGCUAUAGGGGUCAACCAGACCUACACGUACAUGUGGAAAGUGAAUGACAAAGUGGGACCAAAAGAAGUGGACAAGAAUGUGGAUCUGAAGGACAGGGAACCCGACUGUCGAACCUGGGCCUAUUACUCUGGAGUGAACCCUGAGAGAGACAUCAACUCAGGGCUCAUUGGACCGCUGUUGGUCUGCCGAAAGGGAACCCUCAGUAAAAAGCCUGUAGACAUCAGAGAGUUUGUGCUCCUUUUCAUGACCUUUGAUGAAAACAAGAGCUGGUAUUAUGAGAAGAACUAUGAGUUGUUCGAAAGGAAGAACAGGAGAACUGUUCAGGAUCCCUUGUUCAAAGAGAAUAUUAAAUUCCCAGCCAUCAAUGGCAUAGUCUAUGCCCUGAAAGGCCUGAGAAUGUACACCAAUCAGCUGACCAACUGGCACUUGAUCAACAUGGGAGCAGCCAAUGACGUGCAGAGCAUCCAUUUCCACGGCCAGACCUUCCUGAACCACCAACGCCAACGCCAGAGCGUCUACCCUCUGCUCCCUGGAGGUCUUACUACGCUACAGAUGACGCCAUCUAAGCCUGGCCUUUGGCUCCUGGAAUCUGAGGUUGGAGAGGCUCAGCAAGGAGGAAUGCAAACACUGUUUCUUGUGAUUGACAACGAUUGUGGCCAUCCCCUUGGCCUUAUCUCUGGAAGUGUCGAGGACAAACAGAUCACCGCCGACCACACCAGAGGUUACUGGGAACCACAUCUCGCCAGGCUGCAUAACUCAGGGAAGUACAACGCAUGGAGCACUGAUGAGCGCAACUCCUGGAUCCAGGUGGAUUUCCAGAGGCCAGUGGUCAUCAGCAAGGUGGCGACGCAGGGAGCCAAGGAGAUGUUCUACUCCAACUACGUAACCAACUACACCAUCUCCUACAGCAACGACCGCAGGAAGUGGGUCUUCUACAAGGGAGACAGUGACACCACCAGGAAGACUUUCGCAGGGAACUCAGAAGCCAACAAGGUGAAGGAGAACAUAUUCUUUCCCCCUCUGGUGGGUCGCUUCAUCCGUCUCCACCCACUACACUCGUACAACCAGCCCACUGUACGGAUGGAGUACUAUGGCUGCGAACUGGACGGGUGCUCAGUACCACUUGGUAUGAAGAGUGGGGAUAUCGGAGACCAGAAGAUCACGGCCAGCUCUACGGCCAGUAACUGGUACGCAGGCACCUGGGAGCCCUGGCUGGCCCGCCUGGAUAAGCAGGGUACUGUCAACGCCUGGCAGGCCAAGAACAACGACUUGAACCAGUGGCUGCAGGUGGAGCUGAGGACCGUGAAGAAGAUCACCGGCAUCUUUACGCAGGGCGCCAAGUCCCUGGGCACCAGGAUGUACGUCACGGCCUACACCCUCCAGUACAGCAAAGACGGCCUGCGCUGGACCAAGUACACGGAUGACCCUGACUAUGAAAUGAAGGAAUUCGAGGGCAAUACAGACAACAACGAGCACAAGAGGAAUUACAUAUAUCCUCCCAUAUUUGCUAAAUUCAUUCGAAUUGUUCCCAAGAGGUGGGAGAAAGCGAUCACCAUGAGGCUGGAGCUUCUUGGCUGUGAUUUUGAGUGAUAAUAAAAAUGUGAAGGUAAACUGGAA